AUGGAGAAGAUCUUUCAAGCAUCGGAGACAUUAUUGAAGCUGCUAAACUGGAAUUGGCUAACCAUCAGGAUGACCACCAGUUACACUGGUAUUCAGCUCGAUCUGAUUGCUAAACGGCUUGCAAUUUCAAGAGCUGAAGAAUGCUUCCUGAAGUUGCCAGAUUUCUUGAAGGACAAUAGAAUUUUUGGUGCUCUCUUGAAUCGUAUGCUGGUUGGUAGCAAAUGGAGGUCGAUAGUGCUUGGAACAUUUACCAGGCUACCUUUCCGACUUCCUAAUUUGGGCUACCAUGCUGUAAUUUCUUCUCUGGUUAGAUUGGAUGAUACUGAAGGAGCUGACAUGAUCUAUGAUGAAUGGUUUUCAGUGAAAUCAUUUUGCAACUCUAGAAGAGGAAAUCUUCUACCGGGUUACUAUGUUAUAAAAGGCUUUCUGAAAAUACCAAGACUUUCUUUAAUCAUAUGA